GACGCAAUCUGUGUCAAUUGCCGGGCGACGUAGUGCGAAUAAAGGCCGUUGCCUAUUUUUGACUCUCGCUUGUUUUAACGUGCGAGCCGCCUUUAGUUGCAUUUUUCUGCAUGGCGGAUAGAUGAUUUAUUUCUCAGUUUGCCUGUUAGUCAUUUGCGCCCGGCCACUGUUGCGUCGUUGCCGUGUUUUUGCGCUGUAAUGUCAGGUGUUCAAGGUAUAUCGCCUACAGGAUGACGCCUCUCGCUAUAAUCGCUCGAUGUAAAAGGUGCAUUAGGGAGGUUUAUCGUUUUGUUUUUAUAUUAUUUAUUUAUUAGACUGAGGCAUAUUUGAGAGGAAACGACACCCAAACCCAGAAUGAGGAUUAUUUCCCCUCAGAAAAUCGUCAUUAUAAAUGGACAAUAAUUAAUCCUCGGGAGAAUUUUAAUUGGUUAAGGGGUUUAAAGCUACGCACCGUGCAGCGAAAAUUGGUGAUGUCCUAUUUUGGUUUGUAGUAAACCUCUCGUCAUUCAGGUUCAGUGGGCUACAGUCAGAUUUUAAAGCUGCGGGGGGAGAUCUGUCUGGCAGAUAAAGAUGGUGUUUCGGAGUGAGGAGAUGUGCUUGGCGCAAUUGUUUCUGCAGUCCGGCUCUGAAUAUGACUGCAUUAGUGAGCUCGGAGAACUGGGGCUGGUCGAAUUUCGAGAUCUUAACCCCAGUGUCAGCUCAUUCCAACGCCGCUUUGUCAGCGAAAUCAAGAGGUGCGAGGAAAUGGAGAGAAUUCUGGGUUUCCUUUUGAGGGAGAUCCAGAAGGCCAAAAUUGCCAUUCCAGAGGAGGAUGAGAGUCCACUGGCUCCACCUCCGAGACAAGUGCUGGAGAUCAUGGAGCAGCUUCAGAGGCUGGAGAUGGAGCUCAGCGAGGUGGCGAGGAACAAAGAGAAGCUGCAGAGAAACCUGCUGGAGCUCACAGAGUACACUCACAUGUUGAAGAUCACACGGGCGUUCAUACACAGCCGCUCAAGACAUGAGGCUCUUGGUCCCCAGUAUGAAGAAUUCCCCACUAUGGAGACCGACUCUGUGACAGGAUGCACCGGUAUGCAAAGACUCGGAGCCAAGCUGGGGUUUGUUUCGGGUCUUAUCCAGCGAGUGAAGGUCGAGGCCUUUGAGCGAAUGCUGUGGAGAGUUUGUAAGGGUUACACCAUCCUCAGCUAUGCAGAAGUGGAUGAAAAUCUGGCUGAUCUCGACACUGGUGAAAUAAGCAAAAGUGUUGUGUUUCUCAUCUCUUUCUGGGGAGACCAGAUCGGGCAGAAAGUUCAAAAGAUCUGCGAUUGUUACCACUGCCACCUCUAUCCACACCCGGAGAACGAUGAGGAGAGGGCAGAUGUGUUGGAUAGCUUGAAAACACGCAUCCAGGACCUCAACAAUGUGCUGCACCGCACUGAGGACUACCUGAGGCAGGUUCUGCAGAAGGCCUCGGAGUCAGCCUACACAUGGGUUGUGCAGGUGAAAAAGAUGAAGGCAAUCUACCACAUCCUGAACCUCUGCAGCUUCGACGUCACCAACAAGUGUCUGAUUGCUGAGGUGUGGUGUCCUGUCAGUGACUUGGCAAACCUGCGGGGGGCGCUAGAAGAAGGUUCGAGAAAAGGUGAUGCAACUGUACCAUCAUUUGUGAACCGGAUCCCAAGCACCGACACCCCUCCCACUCUGUUAAGGACCAACAAGUUCACAUCCGGGUUUCAGAGCAUAGUGGAGGCAUAUGGGGUGGGGGACUAUCGCGAGGUAAGCCCAGCUCCCUACACCAUCAUCACAUUCCCCUUCCUGUUUGCUGUGAUGUUUGGUGACCUUGGACACGGUUUAGUAAUGAGUCUGUUCGCUUUGUGGAUGGUGCUCACGGAAAAAACACAGAAGAAGAAGCGCUCCAGUAAUGAGAUAUGGGCUACGUUUUUCAGCGGACGUUACAUCAUCCUAAUGAUGGGACUGUUUUCUGUUUACACUGGGCUCAUUUACAAUGACUGUUUCUCCAAAUCUCUCAACAUUUUUGGCUCUGGAUGGAGUGUUAAGGCUAUGUUUACAAAUCAGCAGUGGACAAAUAAAACACUCCAGAACAACGCUUUGCUCAUGUUGGACCCAAAUGUCAGUGGUGUUUUCAGUGGACCAUAUCCUUUUGGUAUUGAUCCUAUCUGGAACCUGGCUGUGAACCGACUGUCCUUCCUCAACUCUUACAAGAUGAAGAUGUCUGUCAUUAUUGGGGUGAUACACAUGACAUUUGGAGUGGUGCUGAGUGUCUUCAAUCACUUGCACUUCCGGCAGAAGUACAACGUCUACGUGCUGUUUCUCCCUGAGCUGCUGUUCCUGCUCUGCCUCUUUGGUUACCUGGUCUUUAUGAUUCUGUACAAGUGGCUGGCAUUCGGCGCCCGUGACUCGAGCCAAGCUCCCAGCAUCCUCAUCCACUUCAUCAACAUGUUUGUCAUGCAGGGGAAGGAUAUCACUCCUCUUUACCCUGGGCAGACUGGGCUGCAGAUUUUCUUAGUUUUGGUUGCUCUGCUGUCUGUUCCCGUGCUGCUGUUGGGAAAACCUCUGUACUUGUAUUGGUUAUACCGAGGAGGCAAAGGUCUGCGCCGACGCAGAGGUUAUGAGAGGGUGAGGCGUGUAAGCGAGGAUGACAAUUCAGUGGCUCCCACCUAUGACGAUGAUGAAGAGGAAGGAGCUGAUGAAGUGACCAGUAGAGAAACUCUACCCAGAGAGUUUGACUUGGCAGAUGUGGUCCUCCACCAGGCCAUUCACACCAUCGAAUACUGUCUCGGUUGCAUUUCUAACACUGCAUCAUAUUUGCGACUCUGGGCUCUCAGCUUGGCUCACGCCCAGUUGUCAGAGGUGCUGUGGGCCAUGGUGAUGCGUUUGGGUUUCAACAUCACCGACAGAAUGGGCGUAGUGUUCUUGGUUCCUGUGUUUGGACUCUUUGCCACACUCACAGUGUCCAUCCUUCUUGUCAUGGAGGGGUUAUCUGCGUUUCUACAUGCUCUCCGCCUCCACUGGGUGGAGUUCCAAAACAAAUUUUACCACGGAGCUGGUGUCAAGUUUGUGCCCUUCGACUUCUCCCUCCUGCCCUCUGUGUUUGAACAAGACGGUUUGCUUUAAAAACACAGACUCUGAAGUAUCGGAUCAGAGAUGCAGACUUUAUGAGAAGUACGCUGGAAGUUGGAAUAAUUCACACUGUGAUAACGCCAACAAACCUUCAAGACAGUGGAUUUGAACUCACUCUUGUAGCAACAUUUUUCACCAUGACAAUUUUUAAAAUGUUAUCGGCUGCGCUGACUGCCUUACUACUGUACCCAGCAAACCUCUGAAUGUAUGGAGGUUCAAAAUUCUUGUUCUGUUUCACGAUUUGAUUUUUGUAGGUGAAAUAUCAUUCAACCUUUGUCACCAGUUGAGUGAAUUUAAAUAUUUUAUUUGCAUUGUGCUGUGUAAACAGGUUUUGUACAAUUAACAACUUGGUAUUUAAAAUAAUCCGUUAUACAGUGCAAUGUAAAGUUGAAAAAAUCUUAGCGAUAUUUACCGUUGACCAUAUCAGAUACCCUGAUGUAGUGCCAUAGAGAUUUCUUUCUGAUGAAUAUACAGGGUUGCCUUUGGGUCUCUGCGGUUUUAUAAAAGCUGCUCCUCUAUGCGGUGAAAGGAACAUUGAAGGCAAACAUGUUCAAGUUUUCUCUGGCAAAAUGACAAAGAUACAAGAUUAUGACUAUUUUGAGGCAUAUUGUCACAACGCACUUUGCAGAAAUGAUUGUAUGAUUCAAAAGUUUUCACUAAUGACUGUGAUGAUGCCAAAUGAAAAUGAUUCUCAACUGUUAGCGGUUUGCUUAUUUACUUAUUAAUGCAUUUAUUUAAAUGUAACCUCCCCUGUAAUCAAUAGAAAAUGUCAAAUACUUCAGAAAAAAAAAUCAAGAAGCCUUAGGUCUUUCUUUGAUGAUACUGCUUAUCGCAUUUGUUAAUGCUAAUUAAUCACGGUAUUUAUUUAAAUUGUCUGUACAAGAGUCUAAUAUUUUACCAUUUUGAUGUGUUGAAUAAAGGUUUCAAUAAAUGCAAGCAAAUAAACCA